CACCUUUUCGUUUUCUCUAGACGGUUUGGUUUAUUUUUUGGAAUAUUUUCUAAAUUCAAUAUACAGUAUUUCGGAUUGUUAAACUAAAAAUAAAAUUAGAAAGAAAGAAAUUUUUGUAAAAUGUUGGCCCUCAAAUCGUUGGUAAGACGUGGGACUUUUAGCAAGUUGCCCAGCUUUCGGGCUAUGGUUUCCCUGCGUAUGAAAUCCAAUAAAUGUGAAAAGAAGAAAGAGAGCGUUUGUCCAAAGAAGUUUGACAACUUCCCAUGCGGAAAACCAGAAUUAAUGUUGACUCCACCGCCAAAGGUUAACGAAAAAAGGAUAGCUAAGCAGCCGUCCAUAUGGUUGAAUCCCUUCUGUGACGAGGAAGCUGUGUACUGCCCAUUCAAUCCGCGAUUUGAUGAUAUCUACUACGUUGAAUCGGAUAAGGCCAAUCGCAAGUACUGGCAAACCUGGGUAUCUUGCCCUCCGGUACAGCUAAAGAAGAAGAAGAUUUGCUGCUUUGAAAAGGCCAAGGCUGCACCACUGAGGCGCCGCAAGAACCGCAAGCCAAAAACUGCUUGCCCACAGCCCGAAAAUUGCGAUUUUGCUGAAAGCCUCGACUGCCCGCGCUUUAAGCGUCGCUGUCACCGUGCGGGUCGCAUUCCACCCGACUGUCUAAAGACGAAAAGGCCACUUAUUUGCACCAAGCCCUUAACACCAUAUCCGGCUUUCUCUGAAUGCGUGCGUAUGAAGCCCAACGCGCUACCGUUAAGCGAGUGCAUCUGCUGGAAGAAACCUAUGCUCUGUGAGGCCUGGGCCGAGUGGCGUCGUCGCAGUAUGAGAAAAACUAUGAGAUAGGACUAAGUGCUGAUUGGGAGAAGUGCGUGCUUUCUUGGGUUACUAAAUUAAACCAGCUUAAAAUCAUGUCAAAAAAUAUGUAACCAUAUUUUAGUAAAACACGCAAUCACGUAAAUUGGAUCUAA